AUGGCACCUUCCAACGACCUUGCCAGCCGAAAAUACGUGAAAUGGGACGCAGAUGGUGUCGAGAAGGUCCCGCCGAAUGAAGACGAAGACAUUGAAACAGUGGCCAAGCUGAUCAAUGAGCAACAACGCAGGACCUGGAACAAGACUCGUCAUGGUUAUGGUGCGACUCACGCGAGAACGCAAGGCAUUGUCAAGGGCAAGUUUAUCGUUCAGAAUGAUCUGCCAAAACAUCUGAGGCAGACUGAGUUGUUUCGACAAGGGGGCGAGUACCCUGUUGCUUGCCGAUACAGCUCAGAGCCAGGAGACCCAGGUCUUGACGAUCGCAUCCCACAGCCACGUGGCUUUGCAAUGAAGCUCUUCAAUGUCGAGGGUGACAUGUUCGAUGCAGGCAAAGAAUGUCCCACGCAAGACAUCGAGUUCAACAGUGCGCCUGCCAUUGAGCUUGCCGAUGCUAAGACCACGAAGGAGAUUUUUCAGUUGCGCCUGAAGUAUGGCGAUGACAAGAAAGAAUUGUACAAACAUCUCAAUGCUCGGCAGGAUGCAGAGCUCCAAACGGCCCGAGACAAGCUUCGGAAUUCUCACCUCGAAUCAACGAGGCAGUAUUCGCAAACAGCUUACCGGUUUGGAGACUACGUGAUGAAAUACUCCCUGGUGCCAUCGAGCGACACGCAGAGAAGGUUGUACGAAGAGACGGUCAAACCAGAACACGACGAAGACAUCUUACAGAAAUGGUUGCAGAACUUCCACGCCAACCAUGAGGCUGAGUACAUGUUCCAGGUCCAACUGCUGGAGAAUCAGGAGGAGCAGCCCGUUGAGUACGCGGGUCAGGCGUGGGACGAGGAAAGGUACCCAUGGCAGACGGUCGCCAAGCUUGUCAUUCCAUGUCAAAAUAGUUUUGACUUUGAAAGGAAGCGGUUCUGGGAGGAUUACAUGCGGGUUGAUCCCUGGCACGGACUGAAGAGCUUGCAGCCGCUGGGGAGUCCGAAUAGGCUCAGGCGCGUUGUCUAUGCCGCCAGUAGCAAAUUACGCCGUGAAUUGAAUGGGGUUAAGGAGGUCACCAUCUCGAGCAUCGAUGAGAUUCCCAACUGA